CCCUUGCUGACAAAAAAGAAAAAAGGAAUUGAAAAAAAAAAAAAAAUGAACGAUUCACAACCCGGGCUACAUGCUGACAUACCACCCACAGGAGGAGGAAGAGGAGGAAGAGGAGGAAGACGAGGAAGACGAGGAAGACGAGGAAGACGAGGAAGACGAGGAGGAGAAGGAAGAGGAGGACGAGAAAGGUAGUCCUUUCCCAAACACUUCUUUUCAGUUUCUGCUCGACGAGGGAGAGGAGGAGGAGGAAGAGGAGGAGAGGAGGAGAGGAAGAGGAGGAGAGGAGAAGGAGGAAGAAGAGGAGGAGAGAGGUGGCCCUUUCCCAGAUGUUUCUUUCAGUUUCUGCUGACAAGGAGGAGGAGGAGGAGGAAGAGGAGGAGGAGAAAGGUGGUCCUUUCCAAGACGCUGCUUUCAGUUUCUGCGCACAGGACACACGUACGCACCAUCACCAAUUGCGAGGGUCAUCUCCUUGGAUUUCCUCUUCAUAAGCUCAACGACUCCAGCUUUCUGAAGCGGUGCUGCACGGCAGCAUACCACCACCUCACAGACACGCGCAACUUCAAAAAACUGCAAUGAACAGCGCUCAGCCUGUCUCUUAUACACAUCUAGAUGUGUAUAAGAGACCUAUACUACAGUUACAGUCAAAUGGUAACUAAUAACUAUACUACAGUUACACGGUAACUAUACCACAGUUAUACUACUAUAGUUACCGUUUAACUGUAGUAUAGUAUACUACAGUUAAAUGGUAACUAUACUACAGUUAAA